AUGGCUCCUCAAGAGGUUGCAGCAAUGAAGGAUUACAUUAAGUUGCUGAGUGACUCAGUACACGAGUUGCAAAAAUCACUUGAGGAGAUGAGUCGACCGGGUUCCAAAGUUUCAGAGCUAGUGAUGAGCAACAUCCAGUCUUGGGUCAGUUCUGCACUGACGGAUAAAGACACAUGCUCUGAAGGGUUUAAGGAUGACUCGAAAACCAAAACGAUUGUGAGAGGAAAGACUCUGAAUGUCGCACGCUUAACCAGCAAUGCUUUGGCUUUGAUCAACAGUUAUGCUUCUUUGCGGGUAGUAGAAGAAAGUUUUUUUUUUGAAAAGUAA